GAGAGAGAAAGAGAUAGAGAGAGAGAGAGAGAGAGAGAGAGGAGUUUCUGUCGUAGAAAAAAUGGUGAACUAUCUGUUGAUGAUCACUGCCGAGCUUGAAAAUCUUACAAACCUUCAGCCUGAAGAUGGAAAAGACGAUCCUAACUUCUCCUACUACUUCAAGCUGAAAUGUGGAAAUUGUGGGGAAGUUACACAGAAAGAGACUUGUGUGUGCUUGAAUGAAACAGUUUCCCUGCAACAGGGUAGGAGUACCACUCACCUUGUUCAGAAGUGUAAAUUUUGUUCGAGGGAGGGCACUGUGACGAUGAUACCUGGUCGAGGCAGCCCCCUGACCUUAGAAUUGAGCGAGUCUGGGAAAUCUGCUCCUUUAAUGUUAUUUGACUGCAGGGGAGCUGAGCCUGUUGGUUUUUUAUUUGGAGAAGGAUGGAAAGUUGAAUCUGUUGAAGGAACAAAAUUUGAAGGCAUUGACUUGUCAGAGGGAGAGUUUGCAGAUUACGACGAGAAAGGCAAAUGCCCAGUGAUGAUCUCUAAUCUAAAGGCAGAUUUCACUGUGGUGAAGUAGAAGAGUAGGUUCUUCUUCCAUUUGCCAUUCAAUACUAACAUAUCAUGCUAUGUUUAUCAAUGUUGGUAAUAACACUAUUGAACACUUGCACUGUUAUACUAAAUUAAUGAAUUAUUGCAUUUUUGUGAUAAGGAUGAGAUUUUAUGAUCAA